AUGGCGGACACAAAUUUAAUACCAUCAACGUUUUAUUCGUGUGUCGAAGAAGCAACUGAAAAUAUUGUAGAAGAAAUGGAUGAUAUCUAUUUGGAAAGAAUGAGUCAUCGAGCUUAUACAAAUGGAUUUGUAUUAGUACAAAAGCUACUGCAUAAUCCAAGUUCAUGCUUAUUUGAGUUCCGUAUGGAUUCGAUUGCAUUUAAUAUGUUGGUUAACGAGCUGACUACUAAGUAUGGAUUAAACAAUCAAAAUAAGGGUCUUUUUCCAGAAGAAUCACUCGCAAUGUUUUUAAGGCAAGUUGGACAACAUGCAGCAACUAUGUCAAAUCAGACGUGGUUCAAAUAUAGCACCGAGACAAUCAAUAGACAUUUUCAUCGUGUCUUAAAGGCAUUAGUUCUAAUGGCUAACGACCAAAUCUUACCGGUGGAUCAAAAAAUCGUUCAUCCAAAAUUAAGAGAAGAAAAAUACAAAUACUUUAAGAAUUGUAUAGGUGCAAUAGAUGGUACACAUAUCAAAUUGUUUGGGCCCAAAGAAGAAAUUAUCAAGUAUAUUGGGCGUAAAGGUUAUUCGACUCAAAAUAUACUUGCGGUAUGUGACUUUGAUAUGUGUUUUACGUAUGCCUCAGUUGGUUGGGAAGGAUCUGCCCAUGAUGCUGGAAUUUUGAAAACGGUUAUAAGUGAUCCCAAUUAUCGUUUUCCACAUCCUUUGUCAAAUAAAUAUUAUCUUGUUGAUGCUGGCUAUAAAAAUAAAAGAGGUUAUUUAGCUCCGUAUAGACAAACUCUAUAUCAUAUGGAAGAAAUUCAGAGAUGUCCACCGCCAAAUUCAUCACAGACAACAUUUAACAAGAUACAUUCAUCCUUAAGGACUACAAUUGAACGUACAUUUGGUGUGUGGAAAAAAAAAUGGCGAAUUUUAGAGAAUCUUUGUGGAUUUUCGAUAAAAACUCAAACACAUAUUGUUGUAGCAACAAUGUGUUUACACAAUUUUGUGAGACGCAAUGUUAUUGAUGAAGGUGUAGAUGAUAAUGCUGAAGAUGGUCACUCUAAUAACAAUUAUGAUGAUGACGAAAAUGAUUAUAUUUUAGAAGAAAGCAUUGAUCAUAACGAGGGAGAAGAAAUGCGUGUAUUUAGAGAUUCACUAGCAUCUAAAUUGUGGCAGCGACGAUGUAGAGAACGUGCUAUGUGA